AUGAACGCCUCGACGUCGUCCGACACUGCCUUCCGCAAGACAUGGGACCGAGACGAGUACGCAAAGAAAGCGGCGGACCAGGAGGCCAAGCGCAAGGAGGAAGGCCGCGCCCGCUACGAAGCGAAGCUGUUAGGAAAGAAAUACCAUGCGCCCGUCGACUACAGCAGCCUGGAGGCGACAACGUCGCGCACGCAGCGGCUCGAUGUGGCCUCGAUGGUGGGCAAGACGACGAUGGUGCCGGCGGGGUCGGCGAUAGGCAAACGCGGCCGCAGCGCGGGCUUCUACUGCGCCGACUGUGACCUGACCUUCAAGGAUAACUUGCAGCUCGUCGAGCACUUGAACAGCAAGCAGCAUCUCAUCGCAACGGGCCAGAGCGGCGAGGUCGUGCGCGCCUCCCUUAAGGAUGUGCGGCUCCGGCUGCGGAUGCUGGCGCACCGGAAACGCGUCCGCGAGGCAGAAGAGAAACGCGCGUGGCAGCUCGAUCUGGGCGAGAGACUUAAAGAACGGGAGGAGAUUGAGGCAAAGGAGCGCGAGGAACGCAGGCGCAAGCGCAACGAGAAGCGUCGGAGAGGCGGCGGCGGCGGUGGUGAGGACGGGAUCAAGCAGGAGGACAGCUGGGAGGGCCGACUGGGGAUUAUUGCUUGA